AUGUCAAUGCUCGACGAGCCCGUUCCUCAAGAUGAUCUUAUGCGCGACAGAACCCGUAAAUUCGAGGAAUUCCUCAUUUCAGAUUCCCCAAUUUAUAAUUACAGAGAUGACAUCGCUCGCAUGCUUCGUACAGAUCAGACCCGUCUAAUAGUAAACAUCGAUGAUCUCCGCGACUAUAACAGAGAGUACGCAGAUGGCUUGCUCAAGCAACCUAUCGAUUUCCUUCCUGCCUUUGACGAUGCUCUCCUCGGUGUCGUCACUCAAGUCCAUGACACAGACAAACACGAGCUCGAGGGAAAGAACUAUCGCGUCGGCUUCAGUGGCUCCUUUGGUGAUCAUCAUGUCAGCCCACGUACCCUCAAAUCAGAACAUCUUGGAAAGAUGAUCUCUCUAGAGGGCAUCAUCACCCGUUGCUCACUCGUCCGCCCCAAAAUGCUCAAAUCCGUUCACUAUUGCCCCGACACCAAACUCUUUCACGCUCGCGAAUACCGCGACGCGACUACGUCAACAUCAAAUUUACCACCGACCACCACCGUCACACCUCAGCAAGAUGACGAUGGUCAUCCCCUCCAGAUGGAAUAUGGUCGCUGUGUCUUCCGAGAUCACCAGCGUAUCAGCAUCCAGGAAAUGCCCGAACGCGCUCCCGCUGGACAGCUACCCCGUAGUACAGAUAUUAUCCUUGAUGAUGACCUAGUAGAUAAAUGCAAACCCGGUGAUCGUGUUCAACUGGUUGGCUUCUAUCGAAGUGUGGGAGGUGGCUCGAGUGGUGCCUUCAAAUCACUCAUUCUCGCAAACAACAUCAAUCUCCUUUCCUCCAAGAUCGGAGGCGGUAUUGCACAGACACCGUUAACUGAUACCGAUAUUCGGCAAAUCAACCAGCUUUCUAGACGACGCGACAUCUUUAGCCUUCUUUCACAGUCUCUUGCUCCAUCUAUUUAUGGUCAUGAUAAAAUCAAGGAAGCUAUCCUUUUACUUCUGCUAGGUGGUGGAGAAAAGAACCUACCUAAUGGCACCCAUAUCCGUGGUGACAUCAACAUGCUUAUGGUUGGCGACCCGUCAACCGCGAAGUCCCAACUACUUCGCUUCGUGUUGGGCACUGCCCCGCUCGCUAUUGCUACCACCGGACGGGGAAGUUCUGGUGUCGGUUUAACAGCGGCUGUUACCACGGAUCGCGAUACCGGCGAGCGAAGGCUCGAGGCAGGUGCUAUGGUUCUUGCCGAUCGUGGUGUUGUUUGCAUCGAUGAAUUUGACAAGAUGUCAGAUAUCGAUCGCGUGGCGAUCCACGAAGUCAUGGAACAACAGACGGUCACCAUUGCCAAAGCUGGUAUCCAUACCAGUCUGAAUGCCCGUUGCAGUGUCGUUGCCGCUGCCAACCCAAUUUAUGGCCAAUAUGAUAUCCAUAAAGAUCCUCAUAAGAAUAUUGCACUACCCGAUUCCCUUCUUUCGCGUUUUGAUCUUCUCUUCAUUGUUACCGAUGAUGUCGAUGAAGAACGAGACCGCAGAAUUGCAGAUCACGUACUGCGUAUGCACCGUUAUAUGCCACCCGGAGUUGAAGAUGGUACUCCCGUGCAUGACAACCUGUCACAGCCCCUUGCCAUCGACGGACCGGGCGUACAAUCAGCGGAGGUAGAUGGUGGGAUAGAGUCCAGCCCCUUCGAGAAAUACGAUCCCCUGCUCCAUGUCGGCUUAACGGCCGCAAAAUCACGAACACGGAGAGGCAAGCAGGUGAAAACAGAAGUGUUAAGCAUCGCCUUCGUCAAAAAAUAUAUUCAGUACUCAAAGAGCAAACCUGCUCCAGUCCUUACGAAAGGCGCGGCUAACCAUAUUGUGAAUGUUUACGCCAACCUUCGCAAUGAGGACGAGGGUCAAACCAAUCGGAAGAAGACAGCUCCUCUAACAGCACGUACACUAGAAACUCUCAUCCGUCUGUCUACCGCCCACGCUAAGGCACGUCUCUCUGUAAAAGUGGAGUCUGAGGAUGCUCGUGCAGCAGAGGAGAUCAUGCGGUAUGCACUUUACAAGGAAGUUGCCAAGCGGCAAAAAAAGAAGAAACGCAAGCUUAACCGCGUGGGAGCAGCUGGCGGGAUGGAUGAAGAUGACUCUCAAGAUAGUUCCGAUGAAGACGAAAAUGUUCAGGGCGAGGAUGAUCAACCUGAACGCAUGAGUAUGCCUCCUCAAGCGCCGGCCGAUAAACAGCCUGCGAAUGAUCAAAGUAGUCAAGACACGUUGUGGAAUGACAGCAGCCAAGAUCUCGCGAUGGAAUACGUUACCAACGGCUGCCACAGGAUCAUCACAGGAGGGCAGUGUGCCUCCGGAAAGGUUAGCGUCUCUUCCUCACCAUUUUCUCACGCCUCCGGUGCAUUACUGGAGGCCUUGAAGAAUGUAAUUCUAACUCCCACGUGUUUUUGGUUUCAUAGGUUACAACUUUUCCGUGCACGGCUAGCGAAUCUUUUCUCUACACGCCUCCAAGACGAGGAACAGGUGUUCUUGGCGGAACUUGUGGAAAUGGUAAAUGAAGGUCUACCCACGAGUGCAUUAUUUGGGACUGCGGAGGCUACCGCAGCGUGUCAGGUCAUGUCAGACGCUGAUGAGCUCAUGAUUAGUGAAGGGAUCGUCUACAAGGUCUAA